AUGAUUCUUACUUAUUAUUCAGUCCCUCUCACCUCACCCUCGUCCUCGUCGUCUUCGACCUCACCCUCACAGUCACAGCGUCACUCAGUCACUCUCUCUCUCGACCUCACCUCACCCUCACUUAGUCACUCACUCUCUUUCUCGACCUCAUCUCGUCCCUCAGACCCUCACUGUGGAGUAGCCUUCCUUAACGGCACAGAGGCAGAGCCACGGCCACCGGCGCCGCUCACCUCUCUGAUCUCUCUCUCGACUUCUUCAUCCAGAUUCCAGUGCACUGUGCACCGAUUCUCCCCCAAAUCAGAAUUGCGAAAUGAUCACAAAGAGAUUACCGAGAAAUUGAACCGAAAUAUAGAAGUUCUGCAUUCGGCAAGGCUUACUCCGAAACAAUCAUCACUCAAAGAUUCGGAUGGCCAAAGCGCAUCAGUUGUCAACGUGGUUGCAUCUGCAUCCUCAACCAAUGUUCAUACUGGUUCUACCAAUGCCAUGGAUGUGGAUGUGAUUGUGAGCGUACCCUUUGCGUUGGUGGGUGAGAUAUCUGAUGCAUCACCAGCAGCAGAGGAUGGUUUGCAGCUUGGAGAUCAGAUUGUUAAAUUUGAUAGUGUGGAAAAUGGCGAUAAUUUGUUGCAGAAACUUGCUUCUGAGGCUCAAGCUAAUCAGGGCCGUGGGAUACCUGUAAUACUUGUAAGGCAAGGUGCUCAAGUCAACUUCACCAUGACACCUAGAACAUGGCAAGGCAGGGGUCUACUCAGGGCAUUGGUUAACAUUUCGUAUUAGUGCUAUUGAGGUUCUUAAAAGUUCUCCAAAGAAUAUAUAAUUGACAGCUUUUUCAGUUAAUUUCCGUUGUUCAUCAAGUAACAUUGAAUUAUUAUUAAUCUUUCUUCCGAGUCUAA